CGAAAAUUGCCAGACAUGGACCGAGCAGCAGUGAUAAGUCGUGAAUUGUUCACAAUCCGAGCAUGGUUUACCGGCCGCAGUUCCAUAUCUCUAUUAUGCAGAAACAGCAAAAUUCUUAAUUGGUCAAAUAAUUUCAUCAAAAGCUGUGGGACUAAAAACCACGCCAAUCAAGCCAGUUUCAUCAUGCCGGACUACAAGGUAUACUACUUCAACGUCAAAGCUCUGGGCGAGCCGCUACGAUUCCUGCUGUCCUAUGGCAACUUACCAUUCGAUGACAUCAGAAUCACUCGCGAAGAAUGGCCAGCGCUGAAACCAACAAUGCCCAUGGGUCAGAUGCCGGUGCUCGCGGUCGACGGUAAAAGGGUGCACCAGUCUAUCGCCGUAUCCCGCUAUCUGGCCAAGCAGGUCGGCCUGGCUGGUGCCGAUGACUGGGAAAACCUGAUGAUCGAUACCGUCGUUGAUACGGUGAAUGAUUUCCGACUGAAAAUCGCUGUUGUUUCCUACGAACCUGAUGAUGAAGUUAAGGAGAAGAAACUGGUUACCCUGAACGGAGAGGUCAUUCCAUUCUACCUUGAAAAAUUGGAUGAUAUUGCUCGGGAAAACAACGGUCAUCUUGCACUCUCAAAACUUACAUGGGCCGACCUCUACUUCGUUGCUAUUUUGGAUUACCUGAACUAUAUGACCAAGUCCGAUCUCAUUGCCAACCAUUCAAAUUUGCAGAAGGUCGUGGAGAACGUCACCAGCAUCGACUCAAUUAAGAAAUGGAUGGAUAAACGACCACACACUGCAAUGCCAAUGGGACAGAUGCCAGUCCUGGAGGUUGACGGCAAACGUGUACACCAGUCCCUGGCCAUGUGUCGCUUCAUAGCCAAGCAGGUUGGUCUGGCUGGUUCCAACCCGUUGGAGGAGCUCCAGAUUGAUGCGAUUGUUGAUACAAUCAAUGAUUUCCGUCUGAAAAUAGCCAUUGUUGCCUACGAACCCGAUGAUAUUGUCAAGGAAAAGAAGAUGAUUACGCUUACGAACGAAGUUAUCCCAUUCUAUCUAACCAAGCUGAACGUUAUCGCCAAGGAGAACAAUGGCCACCUGGUACUGGGCAAGCAAACUUGGGCUGAUGUGUACUUCGCUGGUAUUCUUGACUACCUGAACUAUCUGACCAAGACCAACUUGCUGGAAAACUUCCCCAAUCUGACCGAUGUGGUUAACAAAGUUGUUGCGAACGAAAAUAUUCAGGCAUACAUUGCCAAGAGACCGGUGACUGAAGUCUAGAAACGAACGACGAAAUUAAAUUAAAUUAACAACUUUGAGUUCUCUCUCUCUCCAAUGUACGGAGGCAAUGUAGUCGGAUGCGGAGGCGACGUUAAGGAUUAACUCAUUUCUUGUGCUCCUCAUUAGUGUAAGUCGCACAUAGGAACCAAUUGUCGGAUGGAAUUGUAACCGAAUCUAUUCCCGCAUAUGGUGGCAUCUUUUUAAACUCGUAUUUCAUUUGUUGAGUGUACAUCUCCACAGAACACAAAUCUAACUAGAAUAUAAUCAGUACCUUUAACAUGUAAAACCUACUUUAAGUCUAUAAGAUCAAAUAAUAAAUUGUGUACAAAUCCGA